CCCCGCGGAAUUCAAACCCAUCCAGAAUCUUCUGAAUGGUCGGUGUGUGUGCCUUGGUUUCAUUCAACGUGCUCUUCUUUCUCCCAUAAAUUUUUAAAAGUUUUCAAAAUUUCCAAAAUUUAUCUCCAAUUUUUCAACUCAUUUUUAAUCACAAAUUAAAAUAAAGUCAGAAUGGCUCUUCACGUUCCAAAGGCGGCGGGGUUUGCCUCCAUGUUGAAGGAGGGGUCGAGGCAUUUCUCCGGCCUGGAGGAGGCCGUGAAUCGGAAUAUCAACGCGUGUAAAGAAUUCGCCGAAUCUCUCCGGUCAGCCUACGGACCGUGCGGCAUGAAUAAAAUGAUCAUCAAUCACAUCGAAAAACUUUUUGUGACAAAUGAUGCCGGAACUAUUAUGCACGAGUUGGACGUGGAACACCCCGCAGCAAAAAUAAUGGUGUUGGCUUCUCAAAUGCAAGAACAGGAGGUCGGGGAUGGGACAAAUUUUGUUAUUCUGUUCGCCGCCGCGUUGCUCGAGGGUGCGGACGAUCUCUUAAAAAUGGGACUGACCCCCUCUCAAAUUAGCGACGGGUUUGAAAUCGCCCUUGAAAAGGCAAUGGCCAUCUUGCCGUCCCUUAGUCUCGGUGAAAUCAAGGACUUUCGCGACGAGAAACAAGUCUACAACGCGAUCCGAACUUCCGUUAUGAGUAAGCAGUUGGGAAAUGAGGACCUUAUCGCUAAAUUGGUUACGAAAGCGUGUGUUGCCGUCAUUCCUGAUAAGCAAACGACUUUCAAUGUCGAUAAUAUCCGAGUAUGUAAGAUUUUGGGGUCGUCCAUCCACGCCUCUGAAGUUAUGCAAGGCCUCGUUUUCAAGAGAAACGUGGAAACGGCGAUUAUCAAAAAGUCGAACGCCAAAAUUGCGGUGUUCACUUGUCCACUCGACAUCACACAGACGGAGACCAAGGGGACCGUUCUCAUCAAGACGGCCAAGGAGCUGAUGAACUUUUCGCAAGGGGAGGAGGCCAUGUUGGAAAAUCAGAUCAAAGCGAUCGCGGACUCUGGGGCGAGUGUGGUGAUAACUGGAGGAAAGAUUGGCGACAUGGCGCUCCAUUUUCUCAACAAGUACAACCUCAUGGCGAUCCGUCUCCUGAGCAAGUUUGAUCUCCGCCGCGUGUGCAAGUCCGUCAACGCCACGGCCUCUCCCAAAGUGGAGAAACCAAUUCCGGAAGAUUUAGGAUAUGCGGAUGAAGUUUAUGUCGACGAGUUGGGCGAUACGUCCAUCGUGGUUAUCAAAGUGGGCACGACAGAGUCGAAAAUCGCCACCAUUGUCCUCCGAGGCGCGACAGACAACUAUUUGGACGACAUCGAGCGUGCCAUCAACGACGGAGUGAAUACUUACAAGGGAAUUACGAAGGACGGAAAGUUACUUCCCGGCGCUGGCGCAACUGAAAUCGAGCUCGCCCGUCAAAUUGAAUCCUACGGCGAGACACUACCAGGUCUUGAACAAUACUCGGUAAAAAAAUUCGCCUCCGCGUUGGAAUCCUUCAUCAAAAUCUUUGCCGACAACUCUGGCAAAAAAUCGAACGAGGUGCUGGCCAGAAUCAUCGCGGCGCAUCACGCCGGCCAGAAAAACAUUGGUUUUGACAUUUCCGACGAUUCGAAAGAUUCCCUCAUCGACGUGGAGGCCGCUGGAAUCGUCGACCUCUACAACGGGAAGGAGUGGGCCAUCCAGUACGCGACCAAGGCGGCCGUCACGAUCCUCAUAGUGGAUCAGAUCAUCAUGGCGAAACGGGCGGGAGGUCCAGCUCCGCGACCGGCCAAAGGUGGAGAUCAAGACGACGAUUAGUAGAUCUUAAUUAAUUAAUUUCCAUUUCUCUUAUAAAAAUUUAGAAUCAAUCUUUUUCCACAAUAAUAAUUAUUAAUUUACACUGAUAGUGGGUGGGUCACCAGGCGGAAGAGAAACAAUAAUUAAUUGAUUAAUUACUUAAUUAAGCUACUUUUUGCACCAUGUUUAAUCAUGUUCUAAAUAUUAUUAUGAUUAAUAAUCUUUGAUAGGGUCGUUUUCGUGAUAAUUAAUUAACCCCGGUCAAGUCAGUAUAUAUCUUGUACUUUCUUUACUAAUAGCUUCUUUCUUUUUUUAUAAUUAAGCCAGCUUCAAAUUCAUUUGUUUAAAAUUCUUGUAAUUCAUUCACAUACUGAAAAUUUAGCAUGAAACUGAAACAUUUUGAUUUCAUUAAAGUUAAAGUUGUAACAUUUAAAUUGUGUUUUUCUAAUUUCGAGGGCGAGGUCGGUGGCUGAUAAAUAUUUCAUAUUAAGCAGGCAAUAAAUUAUCCUCGCCUUGGUGAAAAAGCGUGGAGAAUCGAG